AGCAUGACAGUUUUGUAAGUUUCUCCUCCACAAACGUGCAACAUUUCUCAAGGUCUCAACUUGCCUGCAGCACGGAUUCUUACCAAAGCAGCAUCAUACUAAUUUGUCACUUACCAUCCAAUUCAACAUGGCAAUUCGAUGGGGACUCUGCGGAGCGGGGAAGAUAAGCCAUGACUUCAGUGUGGCUAUGAAGACUCUGCCGGCUGAAGAUCAUCAGAUAGCAGCCAUUGCAUCACGGAGCAGUGACCGUGCCAAAGAGUUUGCAAAGAAGCACAGUAUUCCAAAAGUUUAUGGAAGUUAUGAGGAGCUGGCCAGAGACCCAAAUAUUGACAUUGUCUAUCUGGGAGUGCUACACACAGAGCACUGGAAAGUUGGUCUGCUGUUCCUACAGGCUGGGAAGAAUGUCCUGUGUGAGAAACCCUUUGCAAUGAACUCCAGGCAGGUCAAAGACCUGGUGGAGGCCGCCAGGAAAACCAAUGUGUUCCUGAUGGAGGCCAUCUGGUCCCGCUGUUUUCCAGUGCAUGCCGAGGUGCGUAAGCUGUUAGCUGAAGAGGCAGUAGGCGAGGUGAAGCUGGUGAAGGCCUACUUUGGCUCCCCUCAGCUCCACAUCCCUCGCUCAGUUGAGAAGGAGUUGGGAGGAGGAGCUCUGCUGGAUAUUGGAGUGUACUGCCUACAGUUUGUACUGAUGGUGUUUAAUGGCGAGAGGCCAGAGUCUAUCCAGGCCUCUGGUGUGCUUCUUGACUCGGGAGUGGAUGAGUCUGUGGUUGUGGUUAUGAAAUUCUCCAGGAAGAGGAUGGCCCUCUGUGCCUUUUCAAUAGCUGCUCGUUUUUCAAACGAUGCCGUCAUCAGUGGCACCAAGGGGUCUAUUAGGGUGCUUGGGCCAAUGCAUUGCCCAACCACGCUGGUGCUGAAUGACAAGAAGACAGAGUACCCUCUGCCUGAACCAUGUCUUCCUCUGAACUUCACCAACAGCACUGGGCUUCGAUAUGAAGCGGAGGAAGUGAGGCAGUGCCUGUUAAAAGGACUUAAGGAGAGCCCACGGAUGCCUCUGGCUGACUCCAUCCUACUGACAGAAAUCAUGGACGAAAUCAGAAAACAGGUGGGAGUUGUCUUCAGCCAGGACGAAAAAUGACAUCAGUUCAUAGAAGUGAAUUCUUCCUCUCCUGCAGUGAACCUGCUCAGAAGGGGCAGAGAGAGUUGCUUGAGGCAGGGUUUGGAUUUUUAUAAUAAACAGAUCACACAUAAGCCUGAACACAGUAAUUUUGUUUGGAAUUUACAACCACAAACAAUGGAGUAGUAUAAAUAUCUGAACUCUGAAUUCUUUAUAAAUAAUUUUUUUGCCUCUGGAUUGUCACAUUUCUAUAUAUUUUUUUGUAAUGAGUAUAUUAGGACACAUGAAUGAUUUAUUAAAACAUAGAUAAAAGCACAUAUUUAAUCAGAAAAAUCCCAUCAUAAACAGAUAGACCAACUGUGUUGAGAUCUAGCAUCAUUUAAUUCAUAUUUGUGUCCUUUCCAGAUAAACAAAGCAUUCAUUGUAAGAUGUGCGAUUGACGAAUCUAAUAAAGAACUGAUUGCAAA